AUGAAACUCGAGGAUAAGGUAGUGCCACGCUGCAUCACGCUAACUGGUUUUAACAAUGCAAUUGAACGAACAUCUAUAGAAAUCACACUCUCCGUCCUGGCCGGCAGCGUCACUCUGGAGACCACGUUUCACAUCAUGGAUCAGGAUACGACAUACAACGCCAUAAUAGGACGACCAUGGAUACACUCCAUGAGGACCAUCCCUUCCAGCCUAUACCAAAUUAUCAAAUUUCCACCCCCGUGGGGAAUAUUCAUCAUACAAGAGGAACAACGCACAUCACGAGAAUGCUGCUGCAUUGCCUUAGAUUGUACGACUACCCAACAAAUGAAGGGCAAAGCAAAAGAGGCAUAUCAAUUAACAGGGUCGAGGUCGAGCUGUGGUGAAAAGGAAGACGUCAUCAAAGAACCCGAAACGGUGGAAGCUGUGGAAUCAACCAUAGAAGACCUCGACCAAGUCCAACUUGACGACAACGACCACAACAAGAGAGCGUACGUCAGCUGCAAGCUUCAGGAAGCAGAUAUGCCAGGUAUCCCGAAAGAGAUUUCCACGCAUAAAUUGAACAUCGACUCGCUCCACCCCCCGGUGAGACAGGUUAGGCGGAAGUUCAAUUCUGCAAUAAACGAUGCAGUCCGAGAGGAGGUUGAAAACUUAUUACAGAACGGUUCCAUCAGGGAAUCAAAAUACCCUUAA